CGAGGAGGCUGCGGAGACCAGGCCUCUCGGGAGAUCUCUGAGGAGGCGAAACAGCUUAGGAAACCGAGGACGCUGAAGACCCCAGGCCGCUGAAGAGACCUCAAGGGCGGUGGAGGGCGGGCGGCUGGGGAGACCGAGGCGGCCCCGGCUGCUCCCCGGUUGCCCCCCGGUUACCCCUGAGCACGCGCGCCGGAUUCACGCGGCGAGCCCGGGGGUGAUGACCGGCUGACUGCCGCCCGCCCGCCGCUAGCGAGCGCCUGACGAGCCCCGCCCCGCCCUGCCCGGGCCCGCCCGCCCUCCAGCGCGGCCCGCCCUGCCCGCCCUGCCUGGCCCUUCCCCUGCUCCCCGCCCGCUGCCACCGAUUCACCCGCGCGGGCUGCCGCCACGCGAGCUGCGGCCUCCGCCCAGGCGGGGGGCGUCGGCGCUGGGCCCGCCAUGGCCGCGUCCGAGCUCUACACCAAGUUUGCCAGAGUUUGGAUACCUGAUCCUGAGGAAGUGUGGAAGUCAGCAGAGUUGCUCAAAGAUUAUAAGCCUGGAGAUAAAGUGCUGCUACUUCACCUUGAGGAAGGGAAGGAUUUGGAGUACCGUCUAGAUCCAAAGACCAAGGAGCUGCCUCACUUACGGAACCCUGACAUACUUGUUGGAGAAAAUGAUCUCACAGCCCUCAGCUAUCUUCAUGAGCCUGCUGUGUUGCAUAAUCUCCGCGUUCGAUUUAUCGAUUCCAAACUUAUUUAUACAUAUUGUGGAAUAGUCCUAGUAGCUAUAAAUCCCUAUGAACAGCUGCCUAUUUAUGGAGAAGAUAUUAUUAAUGCAUACAGUGGCCAGAACAUGGGUGACAUGGAUCCUCACAUCUUUGCAGUAGCUGAAGAGGCUUAUAAGCAAAUGGCAAGGGAUGAACGAAAUCAAUCCAUCAUUGUAAGCGGAGAGUCGGGUGCAGGAAAGACUGUCUCAGCUAAGUAUGCCAUGCGAUACUUUGCAACUGUAAGUGGUUCUGCCAGUGAGGCCAAUGUUGAGGAAAAGGUCUUGGCCUCCAACCCCAUCAUGGAGUCAAUUGGAAAUGCUAAAACAACCAGGAAUGAUAAUAGCAGCAGGUUUGGGAAAUAUAUUGAAAUUGGUUUUGACAAGAGAUAUCGAAUCAUCGGUGCCAAUAUGAGAACUUACCUUUUAGAGAAAUCCAGAGUGGUAUUCCAGGCAGAAGAGGAGAGAAACUACCAUAUCUUCUAUCAGCUCUGUGCGUCAGCGAAGUUACCUGAGUUUAAAAUGCUGCGAUUAGGAAAUGCAGAUAGUUUUCAUUACACGAAGCAAGGAGGCAGCCCUAUGAUUGAAGGAGUGGAUGAUGCGAAGGAGAUGGCGCACACCAGGCAGGCCUGCACUCUGCUGGGAAUAAGUGAAUCUUACCAAAUGGGAAUUUUUCGAAUACUUGCUGGCAUCCUUCACUUAGGCAAUGUUGGAUUUGCAUCUCGAGAUUCAGACAGCUGCACAAUACCUCCCAAGCAUGAGCCACUUAUCAUCUUCUGUGACCUCAUGGGUGUGGAUUAUGAAGAGAUGUGUCACUGGCUCUGCCACCGAAAGCUGGCUACUGCCACAGAGACAUAUAUCAAGCCCAUCUCCAAGCUGCAGGCCACAAAUGCCCGAGAUGCUUUAGCAAAGCAUAUCUAUGCAAAACUCUUUAGCUGGAUUGUGGAUCACGUCAAUCAGGCUCUCCAUUCUGCUGUCAAGCAGCACUCUUUCAUUGGCGUGCUGGAUAUUUAUGGAUUUGAAACUUUUGAGAUAAAUAGUUUUGAACAGUUUUGCAUAAAUUAUGCAAAUGAAAAACUGCAGCAACAAUUCAACAUGCAUGUCUUCAAGUUGGAACAGGAGGAAUACAUGAAGGAACAAAUUCCAUGGACACUCAUAGAUUUUUAUGAUAAUCAGCCUUGUAUCAAUCUUAUAGAAUCUAAACUGGGAAUUCUAGAUUUGCUGGAUGAGGAGUGUAAGAUGCCUAAAGGCACAGAUGAUACAUGGGCCCAAAAACUGUACAACACACAUUUGAACAAAUGUGCUCUCUUUGAGAAGCCUCGGAUGUCAAACAAGGCUUUCAUCAUCAAACAUUUUGCUGACAAAGUGGAGUACCAGUGUGAAGGCUUUCUUGAAAAGAAUAAAGACACUGUUUUUGAAGAACAAAUUAAUGUCCUUAAGUCAAGCAAGUUUAAGAUGCUACCAGAACUAUUUCAAGAUGAUGAGAAGGCCAUCAGUCCUACCUCCGCCACCUCUUCAGGGCGCACUCCUCUCACCCGAGUGCCUGUAAAGCCUACUAAGGGCCGACCUGGCCAGAUGGCCAAGGAACACAAGAAAACAGUGGGACACCAGUUUCGAAACUCCCUUCACCUGCUUAUGGAAACCCUCAACGCCACGACUCCUCACUAUGUGCGCUGCAUUAAGCCUAAUGAUUUCAAGUUUCCAUUCACAUUUGAUGAGAAGAGGGCAGUGCAGCAACUGAGAGCAUGUGGUGUCCUGGAGACCAUCCGAAUCAGUGCAGCAGGUUUUCCCUCACGGUGGACUUAUCAAGAGUUUUUCAGCCGGUAUCGGGUCCUAAUGAAGCAGAAAGAUGUGCUGGGAGAUAGAAAACAAACAUGCAAGAAUGUAUUAGAGAAACUGAUAUUGGACAAAGACAAAUAUCAGUUUGGUAAGACAAAGAUCUUUUUCCGUGCUGGUCAAGUUGCCUAUCUAGAAAAAUUGAGGGCUGACAAACUGAGGGCUGCCUGCAUCCGGAUCCAGAAGACCAUCCGUGGGUGGCUGCUAAGGAAGAAAUAUUUGUGCAUGCAGAGGGCAGCCAUCACAGUGCAGAGAUAUGUGCGGGGCUAUCAGGCUCGAUGCUAUGCUAAGUUCCUACGCAGAACCAAGUCAGCAACCACCAUUCAAAAGUACUGGCGCAUGUAUGUGGUUCGCAGGAAGUACAAGAUUCGACGAGCUGCCACUAUUGUUCUUCAGUCUUAUUUAAGAGGCUAUUUGGCAAGAAAUAGAUAUCGCAAGAUACUUCGUGAGCAUAAAGCAGUCAUCAUUCAGAAACGUGUUCGUGGCUGGCUGGCUCGUACACAUUAUAAGAGAACCAUGCAAGCCAUCAUCUACCUUCAGUGCUGUUUCCGGCGGAUGAUGGCCAAGCGUGAGCUGAAGAAACUGAAAAUUGAGGCUCGCUCUGUGGAACGCUACAAGAAGCUCCAUAUUGGCAUGGAAAACAAGAUUAUGCAGCUGCAGCGCAAAGUGGAUGAGCAGAAUAAAGACUACAAAUGCCUCAUGGAGAAACUGACCAAUCUGGAAGGAGUAUACAACUCUGAGACUGAAAAACUACGAAAUGAUGUAGAACGUCUUCAGUUAAGUGAGGAGGAAGCUAAGGUUGCCACUGGGCGGGUCCUUAGUCUGCAGGAAGAAAUUGCCAAACUCCGCAAAGACCUGGAACAAACUCGAUCAGAGAAAAAAUCCAUUGAAGAACGAGCAGAUAAAUACAAACAAGAAACUGAGCAGCUGGUGUCUACUUUGAAGGAAGAAAACACUUUGCUCAAACAGGAAAAGGAGACCCUCAAUCACCUCAUUGUGGAGCAGGCUAAGGAGAUGACAGAAACUAUGGAGAAAAAGUUAGUAGAAGAGACAAAACAGCUGGAGCUUGACCUAAAUGAUGAAAGGCUGAGGUAUCAGAACCUUCUGAAUGAGUUUAGUCGUCUAGAGGAGCGUUAUGAUGACCUCAAGGAAGAGAUGACCCUGAUGCUGAAUGUGCCUAAGCCAGGACACAAGAGAACAGACUCUACCCACAGCAGUAAUGAGUCUGAAUAUACCUUCAGCUCUGAAUUUGCAGAAACUGAAGACAUUGCACCAAGGACAGAGGAGCCAAGUGAGAAGAAGGUGCCUCUAGACAUGUCACUGUUCCUUAAGCUCCAGAAGCGUGUCACAGAGCUGGAACAGGAGAAGCAAAUAAUGCAGGAUGAGCUGGACCGAAAGGAAGAGCAGAUGUUCCGCAGCAAGGCAAAGGAAGAAGAAAGACCACCAAUUAGAGGUGCAGAACUGGAAUAUGAGUCCCUCAAGCGUCAAGAACUGGAGUCAGAAAACAAAAAACUGAAAAAUGAGCUGAACGAGUUACGCAAAGCCCUCAGUGAGAAGAGUGCCCCAGAAGUGACUGCACCAGGUGCUCCUGCCUACCGUGUCCUCAUGGAACAGCUGACCUCUGUGAGUGAGGAGCUUGAUGUUCGAAAGGAAGAAGUUCUCAUCUUGCGGUCUCAGCUGGUGAGCCAGAAAGAAGCCAUCCAACCCAAGAAUACAAUGACAGAUUCCACAAUACUUUUGGAAGAUGUACAGAAAAUGAAAGACAAAGGUGAAAUAGCACAAGCAUAUAUUGGUUUGAAAGAAACAAACAGAUCAUCUACUAUGGAUUACCAGGAGUUGAAUGAGGAUGGAGAGCUCUGGCUGGUUUAUGAAGGGUUAAAACAAGCCAACAGGCUCUUGGAAUCCCAGCUACAGUCGCAGAAGAGGAGCCAUGAGAAUGAGGCCGAGGCCCUCCGUGGGGAAAUCCAGAGCCUAAAGGAAGAAAACAACCGGCAACAGCAGCUACUGGCCCAGAAUCUGCAGCUGCCCCCUGAGGCCCGCAUUGAAGCCAGCCUGCAGCAUGAGAUCACACGGCUGACCAAUGAAAACCUGUAUUUUGAGGAAUUAUAUGCAGAUGACCCUAAGAAGUAUCAAUCAUAUCGGAUUUCACUUUACAAAAGGAUGAUUGAUUUGAUGGAACAACUUGAAAAACAGGAUAAAACUGUCCGGAAACUGAAAAAACAACUGAAAGUCUUCGCCAAAAAAAUUGGUGAACUUGAAGUGGGUCAGAUGGAGAACAUCUCUCCAGGACAGAUCAUUGAUGAGCCUAUCCGGCCAGUCAAUAUUCCCCGGAAAGAGAAGGAUUUCCAAGGAAUGCUGGAGUACAAAAGGGAGGAUGAACAGAAGCUUGUGAAGAACCUGAUUCUAGAAUUGAAGCCACGUGGUGUGGCUGUCAAUUUGAUUCCAGGGUUACCAGCAUAUAUCUUGUUUAUGUGUGUGCGACAUGCUGAUUACCUGAACGAUGAUCAGAAAGUAAGAUCAUUGCUGACAUCAACAAUUAACAGCAUCAAAAAAGUCUUGAAGAAAAGAGGUGAUGAUUUUGAAACUGUCUCCUUCUGGCUCUCUAACACAUGCCGAUUUUUGCACUGUUUGAAGCAGUAUAGUGGAGAAGAGGGCUUCAUGAAACACAACACAUCUCGCCAGAAUGAACACUGCCUCACCAAUUUUGAUCUUGCCGAAUAUCGGCAAGUGCUAAGCGACUUGGCCAUUCAGAUCUACCAGCAGCUUGUGAGAGUGUUAGAGAACAUCCUUCAGCCGAUGAUAGUCUCAGGCAUGCUAGAGCAUGAAACAAUUCAGGGUGUAUCUGGGGUGAAGCCCACAGGACUCAGAAAGCGAACCUCCAGUAUCGCAGACGAGGGUACCUACACGCUGGACUCCAUCCUACGUCAGCUCAACUCCUUCCAUUCAGUCAUGUGUCAGCAUGGCAUGGACCCAGAGCUAAUCAAGCAGGUGGUCAAGCAGAUGUUCUACAUUGUGGGCGCCAUCACCCUAAACAACCUCCUCCUGCGCAAGGACAUGUGCUCUUGGAGCAAAGGCAUGCAAAUCAGGUACAAUGUCAGUCAGUUGGAAGAAUGGCUACGUGACAAGAAUCUAAUGAACAGUGGGGCCAAAGAGACUCUGGAACCUCUCAUUCAGGCUGCUCAACUUUUGCAAGUGAAAAAGAAAACCGAUGAUGAUGCUGAAGCCAUCUGCUCCAUGUGCAAUGCUCUGACCACUGCCCAGAUCGUCAAGGUGUUGAACCUGUACACCCCUGUUAAUGAGUUUGAAGAAAGGGUCUCUGUCUCAUUCAUCCGCACUAUACAGAUGCGGUUACGAGACAGGAAAGAUUCUCCACAGCUGCUCAUGGAUGCUAAACACAUCUUUCCUGUCACAUUUCCCUUUAACCCAUCCUCCCUGGCCCUAGAAACCAUCCAGAUCCCAGCCAGCCUAGGCUUGGGCUUCAUUGCACGGGUCUGAAGUGCUGUCCAGGCAAACAUAGAGAACGCAUUUCUCCUCUGAAUAAGAACAGUUGUUUCCAUUGAGCUACUGAAAAUACAUUUUUAAAGAAAAAGUACUGAUUAUCUCUAAAAGAAGAUGUUAUUAACUGGAAAUUUCCCUAGAAUCCUUUCACUUGGGAGGAGACACCUUGUCCCGUGUUACCUUUAAAGCAACGUUCAUUCUUCACCAGUUGAGUUUGCAUACAGAUGGAUGAUGUCAGGGAGGAAUGAGAAGAAGGGUAUAAGGUGUGUGUCUUCCGCUGACAGCGUUUGUUUUAAACCUUUAGUGCUGCAUUUAAGUGACAUAGAAAAAUACAAUUCCAUACGGAUGAACUGUUGUUAGCAAGGCACAAACAAAGAACUGAAAGAGAAAUCACUACUGAAUACAUAUCAGCUUAGGAGCCAAUCAUGUUGAUAUUGUCAAACUGGAUCAAAAAAUAAACUGGCAAUAUGUAAAGUAAUUGCCUAAGUAACUUCCUUGUUUGUGUCAUUAUGGUACAGCGAUAGUAAAGAUGCUGGCUUGCUAGGUAGCAUAGUUGCUUUUUGUACUGUAGCUUACCAAGCAUCUUAAAUUACUGCUACGUACUGUCUCCUGAUGAUAGUCUUAUUAGGCACUGCACAACCAGCUUCUCUUUCUUCACUGUUUACAAUUCAACCAGAUCAGUUUUAACAGGGUUAUAUACAAUUAUCCACAGGUUCAUGUGCACAAGGAGCAGACACUGGAAGUUGUGUAGUGAUAGGACAAGAUGUUUGAUGUUUAGAUAGUGUUAGAGUGGCUGGGAUGUCCUGGCUGAUCAGGAUUGCAUAUGCAAUUAUUGAUAUGCAAAUUAAUUUUACCUGUGUGGAUAUCAUAUCAUGGUAUAGUGUUCUGUAAAAUUACUUAUUUUUAGUUCCCAAAUCUUAUUCUUGCCAUGCAUAUAUUCAACAUUAACUGGUCCUAUUUUUAAUUUAUUAAGUGUUAGCCUCAGUCACUAUCUUGAAAGGACUAUCAGAAUAUUUAUGAUUCAGAUCUUGAAACUUUGAUUAUCCUAUAAGUUAUUCAAAAAAGACAUAUAAUAAAUCAUUAUAAUUCAGGGGGUAUAGGUGUUGCAUCCUCUAUAAAUGUUUUCAGAUAUCACUAAAUACUUUAAAAAACAUCAUGUUAUAAAUACAGUAAGAAGAUUUAUGUAAGAAAUAUAAGAUUAUUAAAUUUUAUAGAGGAUUUGGUUCAGUAAGACCUAGAUUCUGUAAACCUUCAUUAUGAAAGUCUAAUUAAACAUAGUCUCCAUUUUUUUUUCCUGGAAGUCUUAUAUAAUAAAUCCUUUGAGUUAUGUAAGAACAAAUUCUUAGCUUUUAUUCCUCUGGUUCUUAGUUACAUCAUCAAUUUAUAUAGUUUAACUGUAAGAUGGUCGAUAAAAAUGACAUUUAAAUAUGUGCAAUAUUAUUGAUGAGAACUAAACAGUUUCAAGUCAAUGAUAAAUACUGUAUUAAACAGCAGUUAUUGUCCAUUAUCUUACUGGAGCCUGAAUGUCCUUGUUUAUAAAAUAAGAGGGUUGGGUAACUGGUUGUUCCAGCCACUUCCCCAUUUACAGUUCCCUCAUGCUUGGUUCCUAGGGCAAGGGGCCACAGUUACUCAGUCCAUCCUGUUGUAAAGACCAGUGUUUAGUGCCUGUCGGUUCCCUGGGUUAACACAGUAAGUAACAAGUUUAUGUAGCCACAACUUUUUCUUAACGUACAUCAUUUAGGUACUUUAGGAAAAUCCUAAUGUAUUUGUGUUAUUUGAAAGUCACGUCGUUUAGUGAUUUUUGUUACAUGAUGAACUGCUUUGUCAUUUGAAGGAUUUUAUUGAACCCAGGGCCCCAUGUAUGUUAAAUAAGUCCUCUGUCACUGAGCUGCAGUCUCAGCCCUUCAUCAGUUCUAGUACAUUUAUUUACUUGCAGAACCUAAAACACUAAUUCAACCAGAUUCAAUUUUUGUGGGUUUUCUAUAUUUCAGUGAGCAGUUAAUGCUUAAAGCAGCUUCAUUCGUGCCGUGUGUCAUACAGCUAGGGGGUGGCAGGUGGAAGAGCUGCUCAGCAGACAGAGCCCUGUGUAGGCUGUCUUCCCUCAGCCCUGGCAGUCCUCCCACACCCUGCUCCCAGCUUAAUCCUGUGUAGGACGCGACUGUUGUACACCCUGAGUUUUGUCUUCAAGAUCGUGCUACCGCUGUCCCUGGAGCCCUUUUUUUUCCUUACUGCAGACAUUGUGUCCUACAGUUUCUGGCACUUUUUCUCUGCUGUCAAGAACUGAAACUCCUGCUCCAUAGCUAUUCCUACUCUGCAGUUUCUCCUGUUUCAGUGAUAAUGGCUCAGAGUUUCUAUGAUUCCAGGCUCCAGCUCUUUGAAGCUGCUUCAGAACCCCAGAUGGGGAUCUGAAGUAACGCCUCUUGUUUGUCUGGAGGCUUUUAGUCCUCAGAAGAAUACUUUAUAACCAGGGAACCUCAAAACCUGGUAAGUGACUGUGUGCACUUCGUUAAGGAAGCACCAGGUUUCUGCCGACUAGGUAGGGUAACCUCCAUUCUGUACCCUCACCUAGCUUCAGACACACACCCAGCUUUUCCUCUGCCUGUCACACUUUCCUGCUUCUUCCCUCGGUCUAAUUUACCAGCCAGAUGGUUUUCUGUGGCCCUGGCUGACAUGCAUGGGACUUACCUUUUGGUGUCUGUGCACACACCUUUCUGUUCUCGUUUCUGUACUCCUUAUCAUUAUCACUAAUUGGCUUUUCCAUCAUUCCUCUGUGACACACUUGGACUCCAAAGAAGGAGCUCUUGGAAGGCACAACAGCACAGCACCUCUUCUCUUGGUAGCCCCUGCCAGAACCACCCACUUUCCCUGCUGCACGUGCAGCUUACACCCGUGGGAUCCAAGGUGAGAAGAAGCAGUUUCCUCUCCCUUCCUGCAGCUUUUCUUAGCCCAAGGCUUGAGUCUGCCUUUAAGUAACUCCAAAGCAGGAAAGAUAAGCAUGAAACAAGAUGCAGAAAGGACAAGUUGAUGGUUCCUUUAGAAGCUUUGAACAUUCCUCGUGACCCGCCACUGCUUUGAAAGCAAAUAUACAGAACUGUAAUCCAAAGCCAAGUGAUAGAAGUCAGUUUAGAGGACUUGCUUUGUUACUGAUUCAUUUCAGUAGGUAGACUCCUAACGGGUGAGCAAGCAUGUGCAAUACACAUAUUCUUUCAGAGUGUAUACAGGAGGCUGUGAAAAGCAGUGUCUUGAUUGUUGUGAGAAAUUACUUUUCUGACAAUUCUAGGAAAGAGGAGCUACUGCCAUCCUGAGAGCUCCACAGAGUUCCUUCUCUCACACCCGCAGCCGCCAGCUGAGAGGUUUCAGGAGGUCUUGUCGAGGGUUAAAGAGCGAAUGUCCAUGUGUGCUAGAACCCAUAUGCAUGUGCUUCAUGCCAGCACUCUUCUCUCUUACCUCACUCCCUCACAGCGUCGACAGGAGACAGCUCCCACAGUCAAUGUGAGGGACAAUUCGGGACAACGAUGUGCUCAGUGACUUGCCUAGGGUGGCACUGUCCUCCAGCUGCUGGGGUGCCCUAGGCUAGUGAGGGCCCUUUUCUUCUCUACUGGUACAUGGGAAGAGACAAAUGAUGGGCACCAGCUUGCUUCUGUGGAGGCCGGUGCACAGUACUUGUAGCGCCAACUGUGACAAGGCUUGCCCUUUGACAUACUCAGUGCUACUUGACAGGGUAUGGGCUCUCAAACUAGAGACUGUCCAAACUAAGAGGGCAGGCAGCAGUAAAAACCUCAGAUGUGAAGAGACAAGGCAGGCCACUCUCCACAACCCUGAGGUUUCCCUGGGAGAGCCCCUGACUAAGUGGCACAGCCUACAGAGAACUCUCCUGUAGUUUCAGUCUGCUGUCUAGGGGAGCCCAGGACGCUUAGGACUUCCCUCCCUGGGGCUGUCCACCAUUGGCAAGUCACUGUAAGCUUGGAAGUGCCCCCAGCACGCUGCCAGGAGACGCUGGAGCUGUGCUGUGGGCAUGCGUGCUGGAGGCCGCAAGCAUUGUGCUAGUGCUUUAUAACUGUUCUCAGACUGUGCUGUGAGGGCCGCCUUAACCCUUGCCCCGUCCCUAUUAGAGCUGCCUUAAGUUCCCCAGAACUUGUCCUCAGUGAGGGAUAUCUUGCCAUGUUUCUUGAGGUUUUGUGAGGAUUUGGAUUGGAUGUGGCUUCCUACCACUGAUUCCUUUCUCUCCUUCCUGCAUCUCCUGCCACCUGUCAUUUCCAAACAGAGAUUGGAAUUUAUGAAGCAACCAAUAAAAUGUUAGCUUUCAGAGUGUUUCUGGGCUAGUGCAGCUCCUCACGACAGUAAGGAAACGAUCACGCGUGGAGGAAGCAGGACAGACGUCAGAGUAUCCGUGGGGUCUCGAUAGGUCAAAAACCGAAAGAUGCCAUGUCAAACAUCUCCCAAAUGCAUUUUAUACAUUUUUUUAUUUUAUAAUUUGGUCUAGCUGAAAAUGUUCAUUAGCUUAAUGUAAUGGAUAGAUUAUACUCAUAUCUGUAAACAAUUAACAUAUCCUUGGCAUUGUCAUAUUGCUUGGAAUAGUUGAGAAAGUUUUGGGUUUGCUUUUGAAGGUUGAAAUUGUCAUAUAUAAUUUAAUGUUUGGAAAAUUAAUGCAUUCCUGUGUAUUUUCCAGAGUCAUAGUUUCAAUAACUUGCUGUUAUUAUGUGCUAUAAAAUCUUAGCCUAAGUCACAUGAGCCAUUAUUUUUCCUGCAAACAGUGAUUUUUUCCUUUAAAUGUGGAUAUGUGUUGUGGUUUAUAAUCCCUAAUUAUGUUCCUUUGUGGAUUUCUGAAGUAGUAUUGAUUUUCUUGUGUUCUUGGAAAGUUUAAAUUGUUCCAGCAGUAUUCAUGACAAUAUUUAACAUACUGCGUUUUUAUUUUAACUGUUUAUAACUUAUUGUGAAAUGGACCUGCCUUUGAAAUACAGUGAAAUGGGACAUUGCAGUUUUCAAAUCUGUUUUUUCCUUAAAUCUGGAGAAAGAAUUUUCUUGAUCUACACAGUUAAUCUCUGCAAAGUGAUUAGGUGAGGAAGCAGAAAUGCUGAAAAGUGAGAGGCGUUACCAAGCCUCUCCAGAGAGUCUCACAGGAAAGCUUCUAGAAUGUUAACAAUUCACCUCAUAUCAACAAAGCCUUGGAAACAUGAGUUUUUCACUGGAUAUCACCUAAUGCUAAAAGGAAAGCCAAAACAAUAUCAGAAUGACAUUUUCUGCUCUGAAUUUGUAGUUGUCUAAUGUUGUACUUAGUAUGUAUCUGUCGUUAGCUCUGUAUUCUCCUAGCUGCUGUAGAAAAAUGUUGAAAUAAAGA